CACUCUCUCUCUCUCUGCGCAAAUGCAACUCCAUCGCCAUAGCCAUAGCCAUAGCCAUAGCCAAAGCUCGAGUUUCCAUCGCUUCCACUCGCGCCGCCACCGACACGCCGGCCCGAGCUCGCUCGGCUGAGCCGCCGCCAUCCGCCGCCAUGGGCAAGGCCUCCAAGUGGUUCCGCAGCCUCCUGGGCCUCAGGAAGACCGACUCGCCCCAUCCUCCGCCGCCGGCGAAGCAGCCUCCGCCGCCGCCGCCUCCUCAUGCUGCCCCCGGCCGGGAGAAGCGGCGUUGGAGCUUCGUCAAGUCGCACCGGGACAGGGACGGCGGCCACCGCCAUCAGCGCUACGGCUCGUACUCCUCCUCCGCUUCCGCCUCGGCGGCCGCGGCGCGCUCGGAGGAGCUCGCCGCGGAUCCGAACAAGCGCGCCAUCGCCGUCGCGGCGGCCAGCGCGGCGGCCGCGGAGGCGGCGGUCAUGGCCGCGCGCGCCGCGGCGGAGGUGGUGCGGCUGACGAGCAGCGGGAGGUGCGCAGACGGCGGCUGCGCCGGCGGCGGCGGGAGUUGUGCGGCGGUCAGGGAGGAGGUCGCGGUGCUCAAGAUCCAGUCGGCAUUCCGAGGCUAUCUGGCAAGGCGAGCGCUGCGAGCAUUAAAGGGACUGGUCAAGAUUCAAGCACUGGUGAGAGGGCACAUCGAGAGGAAGCGAACUGCUCAAUUGGUGCGCAAAAUGCAAGCCGUGUUGCGAGCCCAGGCUCGGGCACGUGCCGAGAGGGCCCAGGUGUCUGAAUCUUCACAAUCAAGCAGCAAGUCCUCUCACUUUCACCACCCUGGUCCCGCUACUCCUGAAAAAUCAGAGUAUGUGGUUCGAAGCAAGAGUUCAAGACAGGAUCAGUCACCGGUUCUCCGGAGGAAUGGUUCCAGAGCAAGUGGCAGGAUUGUUGGAUUUCAAGAAAGAGCACCCUUGGGCCGCAAUUGGUCGGAGCGUCGGGUCGAUGAGAGACUGGGGGAUCAACGGGGACUUUCAGCGAACAGUGGGCAUGCGGAUGAUGAGAAAAGUGAUAAGAUCCUAGAAAUUGAUCCAGGGAAACCCUCCUUCACACCCAAGCGCCGAAGUCUUGUACAGUCGUCUCGGCACGCGUUGCCUUCAGACCAAGCGAGUCAUAGCUACACCACUUCAAAAGACUCGACGGCGCGCCAAACGGUUCCUAGCCCCUCUUCGUGUGAGGUGCAAUCUCCAAGCCCGGUGGAUUUCUCUCAUGAGGUGGAGGAAGGCGCAUUCUGCACUGCCGAUAACAGCCCCCAAUUCUAUUCGGCGUCUUCUAGGGGCGGUAGUUCUAGGAGAAGCCCGUUCACUCCCACCAAGAGCGAUGGCUCGAGAAGCUACUUAAGCGGCUACUCAGACCACCCCAACUACAUGGCUUACACCGAAUCUUCGAAGGCCAAGGUCAGGUCAAUGAGCGCCCCUAAACAGCGGCCUCACUUCGAGAAAUCUAGUUCUGCGAAGAGGCAUUCUAUACACGGUUUCGGCGAAUCGAGGUCCAUCUCACAGAAGGUCUUGUCCUUGCACUCGAGUUUCGCGAACAAAGCAUAUCCAGGGUCCGGUCGCUUGGACAGGCUUGGGAUGCCAGUUAGAGGCGACGGGUACGGAUAUAGAUAUUAGAGGUGACGGGCACGGUCUUUUCGUUGCUGGCAUGUAUCAAACUAUCUUAGAAUUGAAGUAGUCACCAUUAGGGUAGGUCUUCAUAUCUAACCGAAGCCUGUGUUAUAUCGGUUAUCCGACAGGGUCAUCAUUGCUCUAGAGAGCUUCUAGUUUAGUUUGCACGGUUUUUUAAUCUAACUUCCGCGACUCUGCUACAUUUGUUCUACCAAGUAUUAGGAAUCCACAAUUGUCAAGGAAGAUAUCACUUUUAAUAGGAAUUACGCAACUUUCUUUUACCGCA